AUGCAGCAGCUCAACAUCACCAGCAUCAGCUCCACUGCCCCGGUCUCGCUAGGGACCCAGGUGGCAAGUGCCAUGCUGGGCUUCUGCUGUGCCCUGGGGGUGCCUGGCAAUCUGGUGGUACUGGCCGUCCUCCGACGCAGACUGGCUGAAGGAAACUUCACUCUCUGGCUGAUGCUGAACCUCUCUGUGUCAGACCUGCUGACGCUGCUCACACUGCCUGUGUGGAUUUACACGUUGUGUCACGGCUGGAGUUUGGGCCUGGUGCCUUGCAAGCUUCUCUCCUACCUGGUGUACUGGAGCCUCUACACCAGCGUGCUGUGCGUCACUCUCCUGAGUGUGCAACGCUACAUCCAGGUGCUCUAUCCACAGCGCUGGGCCGAGCUCAAGUCUCCGGGUCGCAAGAUUCUGCUGGGACUCGUAUGGGCUCUUGGAGGCAUUCUGUCCUGUCAUGCUCUGGUCCAAAGAGAAGUGAUAUUGGAAGGGGAUGGACGGCUCCACUGCUUGCAACACUACAGGUCGGACGGGGAGCAGGUGACCACACUCCUCCUCGAGAGCCUGCUGCUGUUUGUACUUCCGUUCUCUAUCCUGGCUUCCUUAUACGUCAGCCUGCACAGAAGGGUGACGCAGAACAUUCGUUCGGGACACGAGAGGAUGAAGAAGCUGGUGGUCAGCAUCAUUGUGGUGUUCUUCAUCUUUUCCAUUCCAAUCCACCUCAACAAUCUGUUCACCGUUGUGGCAGUUUCUUUGAGAUCACAUGACAUCCUGCAGUUUUCCAAGGUCACUAAGAAUGCUGCUGGAGCACUGACUUUCAUCAACAGCUGUGUGAACCCCUUCCUGUAUGCUUUUUCCCACCGGGAAUUGCGCUGUUGGGGCAGACUGGACAAUGACACCUGA